AUGGGUGACUACUCGAAAGCACUUGAAUUUUACGAAAAAGCACAUAAAAUAAAAGAAAAAGCUCUGCCUCCGAAUCAUCCCGAUUUGGCUAUUUCCUACAACAACAUCGGCCAAGUGUAUAACGCCAUGGGUGACUACUCGAAAGCACUUGAAUUUUACGAAAAAUCACUUAAAAUAAGAGAAAAAGCUCUGCCUCCGAAUCAUCCCGAUUUGGCUAUUUCCUACAACAACAUCGGUCAAGUGUAUCACCACAUGGGUGACUACUCGAAAGCACUUGAAUAUUCUAAAAAGGACUUUGAAAUUACAAAACAAGUUCUGCCUGAGAAUCAUCCUGAUUUGGCUUUCCCAUACAACUGGUUCGGAAAGAUUUAUCGCAGUAUGAAAGAUUAUUCAAAAGCACUUGAGAAUUUUGAAAAAUGUCUCGCAAUAUGGCAAAAAGCCUUACCUGAAAAUCAUCCAUAUCUAGCUGUAGCAUGCGGUAAUAUAGGUGAUGUUCAUCGAUUAAUGGGUAAUUAUGAAAAGGCACUUGCAUUUCAUCAAAAAGCAUUAACUAUUCAAGAAAAUGUUCAAUGUAAUCCUCUAGAAUGUGCAUUGACGUAUAUAAAUUUAGGUGAAACUUAUCGUGAAGUGAAAGAUUAUUCAACAGCAUUGACAUAUUUCGAAAAAGGAUUAGAAAUACGUGAAAAGAAAUUACCAAAAAAUCAUCCUAAUUUAGCUGUUGUAUAUCAUAAUAUGGCAAAAUUAUAUUUGGCUACACGAAAAUAUAGUAUGGCAAUGAAAAAUAUUCAACAAGCAGUUGAAAUAGCUCAAGAAAAAUUACCUUCAACUCAUCCUCAUCUUUUGGAAUAUAAAGAAACAUUUGAAAAAAUUCGAAAGAAAAUGUAA